UAAUUGUGAGAAAGAGGGGUUAGGAAAAACUUCUUUAAUAGAACAUGAAAUUGAAUUAGAGCCCAAUGUCCGUCCGGUUAAACAGCACUAUUUUCCCAUUUCUCCCGCUAAUUAAAAGAUCCUUCGUAGUGAA